AUGAAUCUCUCGGCAAUUCUCCUCAUUCUCCUCCGCAUCCUCACCGCCGUCUCACCGAACCCAGUAGGCACAACAGACUGUCGUGUUCACAAUCACCUCUACGUCUGCCUGAACGACCUCAAUCACCUCCAAAACCUGGCAUUCGAGGACGCCAAUGCAGUGCAAACAAUCGACGACAUCGAGUUGCACAUCGAGUCCCUCGAUAUCGCUGAUACGUCAGAGAGAUCAUUCUACGACGUGAGAAAUUCCACAGCCCUCUACAUGUCUGACAAUCAGCUGCGAGUCAUCAGAAAGUACUAUUUCCAUGCACUCGAUCAACUGACGUAUCUCGAUCUCAAAAACAAUGAUAUCAAUGAAAUUGAGGACGGCGCAUUUGUGAGACUGUCGAGCCUCGAGACACUUCUUCUCGAUGGCAAUCGCAUAACGAGAUUGGGUCCGACUGUCUGGAAGGGAUUGACAUCCCUGAGGGAGCUCUACGCCACCAAUAACUCAAUUGUCCUGAGGAAAAAUAUAUUCAGAGGUCUGAGACAACUGGAGACAUUGGCCCUAGAUGCUAAUGAGAUUGCCGAAGUACCCACUGGCACUUUCAACGGUCUUCCACACAUGGAUCUCCUCUAUCUCUCCCGAAAUGAGAUAGUCUCGCUCCAUCAGGACGUAUUUCGCGGGCUGACAGAGCUCAAUGAACUCGAUUUAUCCAGGAAUCGUAUUGUCACGAUUCCCAGCGGACUCUUCCGGAAUAUGGCUUCAUUGCAUUCAUUGUGGCUCAAUGCAAAUCGCAUUGCUUCACUUCAGACUGGAUGCUUCGAUGGACUCGAGUGUUUGUCGUUCCUGUUUCUCAGUGGAAAUGAACUUGAGUCUGUUGAUAUGUCAAUUUUCGAGAUGAUGAGGAAAGUUUCGAUUGAGCCCGGGUUUAUCAUUGACGGAACUUUGAGUGUUAAUUUGACGGUUGUCAAGGGAAUGGUGAGGUGUGAGAGCACCGGGUGUGAGGAGCCUUACAGCUGUGAAGAAGUUUAA